CCAGCGCAGCCCCCCCAGCCCCCGGUCCCCGCCGUCGCCGGCCAUGGCGCAGACGCUGCAGAUGGAGAUCCCCAACUUCGGCAACAGCAUCCUGGAGUGUCUGAACGAGCAGCGCCUGCAGGGGCUCUUCUGCGACGUCUCGGUGGUGGUCAAGGGCCACGCCUUCAAAGCCCACCGGGCCGUGCUGGCCGCCAGCAGCUCCUACUUCCGAGACCUCUUCCACAGCUCCAAGAGCGCCGUGGUGGAGCUGCCGGCGGCCGUGCAGCCCCAAUCCUUCCAGCAGAUCCUCAGCUUCUGCUACACCGGCCGCCUCAGCAUGAACGUGGGCGACCAGUUCCUGCUGAUGUACACGGCGGGGUUCCUGCAGAUCCAGGAGAUCAUGGAGAAAGGCACCGAGUUCUUCCUCAAGGUCAGCUCGCCCAGCUGCGACUCGCAGGGGUUGCACGGUGAUGAAACGCCGGGUUCGGAGCCGCAGAGCCCGGUGGCGCAGACGUCGGCGGCGCAGGGUUGGGCGGCGGCGCUGCCGUUGGUGUCGCGGGUGAAGACGGAGCAGGGCGAGCCCGACGGGGUCCAGUGCACCUUUGUGGUCAAACGCCUGUGGGACGGGGCCACCAAGGACACCGGCGGCAACGGGAGCCGUAAAAUGGCCAAAUUCUCCGAGGCGGCGCCGCGCCCGGUGCCGCAGGUUCCCGGUGGUACCGGUAGCACCGGUGCCGCCACCGCCCCGGUUCCGGCGCCAGCCCCGGCACCCGGUGCCGCCGCCGCCGCCGAUCAAACCAGCCCCGGUGGCACCUCCAGCGCCUACACCAGCGACAGCCCCGGCUCCUUCCACAACGAGGAGGAUGAGGAGGAGGAUGCAGGAGAGGAAGGCUCGGACGAGCAGUACCGGCAGAUCUGUAACAUGUACACCAUGUACAGCAUGAUGAACGUGGGGCCCGCAG